AUGGCAGCGUUCAGACCGCGUACGCCCCGUUCUAACACCAACACACCACCGUCCACUGGACCCAUUACCAAGGUAAGAGAACGAACUGCACGUUCCGUCCCAAUGUCUGCGGGAGGCGCAGCGGGAAGAGCAUCCCGCUCAUCACUGAGCGCAGGUACACCUGACUCCUUGAGUGACAACGAAUCUCUCGUCUCUGGAGGAUCUCGUCCAGGAUCACGGCCGGGAUCAAGAACCGGAUCAAAACCACCCUCAAGACAUGGAUCUAAUCUCUCUCUAGAUAGUACAGACGACUUUUCUACACCAUCUCGAAUUCCGAUGCGUAAAGUGACAAAUACGCGAGCAUCAUUAGCUCGCGCAGCUGCCACUGCCAAUAAACUCGGUGUUGCUACACCAAAUGGUAGUUCCAGACCUCGUACUCCUACUGGAUUAUUGACGCCCGCUAGUGGCAGACCUCGUACUCCUACUGGAUUAUUGACGCCCGCUAGUGGCAGAUCAAUGGACCCAAAUCUGACUCCAGGAGAUAAUUUAGCGCAGUGA